AUGGCGGUUGGCGUCGUCGCCGUCGAGGGCAGCCAGGACCGCCGCUAUGGCGGAAGGAUCACCGCCUUCGUCGUGCUGUCCUGCAUGACCGCCGGCAUGGGCGGUGUCAUAUUCGGCUACGACAUCGGGAUCGCAGGCGGCGUGUCGUCGAUGGAGCCGUUGCUGCGCAAGUUCUUCCCGGACGUGUACCGCCGGAUGCGCGGCGACACGCGGGUGAGCAACUACUGCAAGUUUGACAGCCAGCUGCUGACGGCGUUCACGUCUUCGCUGUACGUGGCGGGCCUGGUGACCACGUUCCUGGCGUCGCGGGUCACGGCGGGGCGCGGCCGCAGGGAGUCCAUGGUCCUGGGCGGCGCGGCGUUCCUUGCGGGCGCGGCCGUGGGCGGCGCGUCCGUGAACAUCUACAUGGUGAUCCUAGGGCGGGUGCUCCUGGGCGUCGGGCUCGGCUUCGCCAACCAGGCCGUGCCGCUGUACCUGUCGGAGAUGGCCCCGGCCCGGCUCCGCGGCGCGUUCAGCAACGGGUUCCAGCUCAGCAUCGGGGUCGGCGCGCUGGCGGCGAACGUGAUCAACUUCGGCACAGAGAAGAUCAGCGGCGGGUGGGGGUGGCGCGUGUCGCUGGCGCUCGCCGCGGGCCUCCUCACCCUCGGCGCACUGUUCCUCCCUGAGACGCCGAGCAGUCUGGUGCAGCAGGGCAGGGACCGCCGAGACGUGGCGCAGCUGCUGCAGAAGGUGACGGGGAUCAACGCGAUCGCGUUCUACGCGCCGGUGCUGCUGCGCACCAUCGGCAUGGGCGAGAGCGCGUCGCUGCUGUCGGCGGUGGUGACGGGCGUCGUGGGCGUGGGCUCCACCUUCGCGUCCAUGCUCGCCGUGGACCGCUUCGGGCGCCGCACGCUGUUCCUGGCCGGCGGCGCGCAGAUGCAGGCGUCGCAGGUGAUGAUCGGCGCCAUCAUGGCCGCGGAGCUGCGGGACAGCGGCGGCGUGGGGAAGGCGUGGGCCGGGGUGCUCAUCCUGCUCAUCGCCGUGUACGUGGCCGGGUUCGGCUGGUCCUGGGGCCCGCUCGGGUGGCUGGUCCCCAGCGAGAUCUUCCCGCUGGAGGUGCGCGCCGCCGGGCAGAGCGUCACGGUGGCCGUGAGCUUCGCGUUCACCGUGUUCGUGGCGCAGGCGUUCCUCUCCAUGCUGUGCCACAUGAAGGCCGGCAUCUUCUUCUUCUUCGCCGCGUGGCUUGCUGUCAUGACCGCGUUCGUGUAUCUCCUGCUGCCGGAGACGAAGGGGGUGCCCAUCGAGCAGGUGGCCCGGGUGUGGCGCGCUGGAGCAGGGUCGUCGGCCCCGACCCCGAUGCCGACGAGGUGCGCGCGGGCGGGAAACUCUAGCGGGGAAGCAUAUGAUGCGCGCCUAUUCGUGGCAGGGAGGGCUCUCUGA